UUCGCGAGCAAUAGAGUCAUCUCAUAUCGAUAUUCGCGUUCGCGAGUCGCCCGGGCGGCUUUCAAGCCACAUCCUGAGUAUCCUGAAUCUACGGGACAACUGCGGAGCCAGGCGGAGAAUCCAGACAUCGAUUCGCAGAGAAAGAACCAAUAUGAAACUUAUGACUCUGCUGCUACUGACAAUACAUGCGACGCAUCCUCAAGAGAUAAGACUUGAGACCCUAGCUGAUGGGCCCGGACUAUUACCAUACAAACUGGGACCGACACGACUAACCAUACACUAUCAUUCCUUUAUACAACCCAUUGACCUCAACGAUAUUGAAAAUAAAAUCGACUCUGUACAGACUCAACUUAAUACAUUUAGGACUAAACUCGAUAACGAAACUUACCUACUCUAUGAAUAUCAAAUUGAUUAUCUUACUAAUAAGGUUGGCAAAUUACUACACCAAAUUAAAUCUUUAGAACCUGUUAGAGUUAAAAGAGGUCUUAUAGAUGGCCUAGGGUCUAUAGUAAAAAGUGUCACUGGCAACUUAGACUACCAAGAUGCCCUUAAAUACGACGAGGCUCUUAAAACCUUACAGACCAACGAAGGCAAAUUAACAUCAGAAUUUAAUAGCCAUCUGAGUCUUUGCAAAGAGUGGAUGUCCCAACACAAUAAAGUGUUAGAACAACUAACUUUAAAUCAAAUAAGAGUUAAUGCCACUUUAGAACUACUAUUACAAAAAGAAGCUUAUAGGGACUAUAGCUUAAUUAAAUUUGCGAAAUUCGCACAAAUCUUAGGAAUUAUAACAAACAACGUAGAAGAUUUAAUGUUAGAAAUAAUCAGAUUAGAAAAUAUGAUGGCUUUUAUACGCGCAUCUAGUACUCAUCAUUCCAUGAUUGAUAUAGAGGCCUUGCAGUCAAUGAUAGAUAGAUUAAAAUCCCUUUAUACUCCAAAUCAAAUUCUAAAUUUAGAACUUAGAGAAUAUUACAGCUUAAUCAAGCCAGGAUCUUAUUUCAUCGAUAAACGUAUAGUAAUAGUAUAUAAUUUUCCAAUUGUUUCCCAAGAUACAUAUGACCUAUACAAACUAUCCAUUGUACCCAACAAAAGACAACUUGCCCUUAUUCCUUCCUCUCCUUAUAUAGCAACAGAUGAGAAAUCGUUCGUGUACAUAGAGGCUGAAUGCCCGAAGUAUAGCAGUACUUAUCUCUGCGAAAAGAAGACCGGCCAGCAGAUCCAGUCGAAACCUGAUUGUAUUCAGAAACUCAUCGUUCAUCAGAGUCUAGAGAAUACUUGUCAAUUCACGAAGAUAUCUCUCAUCAAGGAAGCAGUAGAAAAAUUAGACGACCAACAUUACGUGCUGUCUCUACCCGAACCUACCAAAGUUCAGUUGGCAUGUGGGAGAAAGGACUUCAACACACUUCAAGGAAGCUACCUCGUAACCAUCCCUAUGGGUUGCUAUCUACAGACUCCAGAAUUAACUAUAAUAAACGAUGACAACGCGAUAAAGGGUCAACCAUUGAAACUAGCGAAGAUACCAUACGAUGAAAUGAAUCUGACUGCCGUCUCUACCCACAUCAAUUUCAGCUCGAUCGAUCUGGAAGACUUACACAGCAUCCAAACUAAAUUCAUGUUGGGAAAACCUAUUGACAUCGAGGAGAUUCAACCAACUGCCCUGUACCACACAACCAUCCCACUAUACGUCAUAUUACUGGGCGCAAUCCUAUUUUUCACUCUGAGAUUAAUUCGCAAAUACAAAUGUUGGAGACUAAAAUCAGAAGAUAAAGAAAAGCAGUCAUCUCUUGAGAUACAUACAUACGAAGACGUCAAGAAAAAUACCAGAAAACGAGAUGACUUUCCAGCAACAUUUUCUCUUAAUAUGGUCAAAAAUAGUUGCUGAUCUAUGGGUGGAGGUGUUAAGUAUGGAGCCUUAAUGGAUAUCAUCGACGCUGCAUUUCCUGUUAUUGUCCGCCAGCUGCAUAGAAACUGUCUGAAUGACGUAAAUCGUCAUGAACCGCUGAUGUAGCGAAAUUUGUAAUUAGUUAUUAACUCAAAAUUGUAUGCAUUCCUAUUUCUAAUAUCGAGUAGGUCUCACGCAUUAAUUAUUGUAAUUUUUAUAAGUAAUAAAUUAGCAUUUAAAAUCAUUUUUGGUUUUUUUUCUAUCUGCCGUCUGCAGUAUACGUAAUUACCAUGAGUGGCAUCAAUUUAUUAUUUAUUAUUAUACACUUUUAUAUGGAUAUGUAUUUAAGUAAAUAUUAAGUACCAUAAAAUGAUUGUUAAAUUUUCUUCUUUUUAUUUACAAUUGAUUUCGUCAGUUGUUUAUGUGCAUGUUUUUCCUUAUAAUAAGGUUAAAAAGCACUUUACCGUUCCUUUAACGUGCACAGCUGGAAUUCAAGUCUCAUAAGUUAUGAAUAUGGUCGAAUACUUAAACUGAAAUCUAUUUCAUUGUCGGAUAUGCUAAUUACUCUGCGACAUACCGAUGCAUAGAAAGACAUCACCAAUUCUUCUUACACGCGAAAUAAUUGCAUAUUCAUACAGGUAAGUAGGUACAUGAAUAUGUAUGUGAGGAAGGACGAUGACUCACAUUUGUCACAGUUCAUAAAGUAAAACAGCUUGCGUAAUAAACAGAUCAUUAAGAAAUAAUUUCUGAAAUCGUAAAAUCACUCAGCUUGUAGAGUCGGAGAGAGCUGCAGUGCAACCCAGGAAAUAUUAUUAUGUUUAUCGUUACAUGUUAAGAAAUGAAAAAUAUUUUAAUGUGUAUAUAGAAGCCGAUUUUGUAGGCGUUUUAACACUAGCUUUUGGAGAGUCAGGGUAGAGACAGGGGAUUCUAUUGUAUUGGAUUUAAAUCUUUUAAUCUCCUUCACCGUCAAUAAUGAGUGUCUGAAAUGAUUUUUUUAUAUAAUGUGGUCUUUUAGGUCAAAAAAUAUAUAUUUAUUAGCCACGCCCAGUGUCGUAAGGGAUAAAUUACGACGUAAACUUUUGAGUAUGUUCAAAAUCAUUUUCUUUUGUAGCUCGUUUGAAGCUCAAAAGGCCUAAAAAUAAUAGUCGAAAAGUUCAUUUAAA